AUGGCGACCCGAGGGGUGAUGCCGCCGUCGCGGACGAUCGGCCGCGUCGGCGCGCGCGCGACGCGGGCGGGGCGCGAUCGAACGGUAGGGUCGGUCGCGAACGCGCGCGCGCGAACGACGCGGGCGCGGGAUGGGGUAUGGACGCGGGCGCGCGCGGGGGGGGGGGCGGCGGCGGCGCGGGCGAGCGCGGCGGCGGAUCCGGCGAAGACGGCGUCGGCGUUCGCGACGAUGCGGGCGCCCGUGAACUCGCAUGGAUUUGAGUUGGUUCGGGAGGAUUACAUAUCGGAGUACGACGCGAAGGCGUUCUUGUUUCGACACGCGAAGACUGGGGCGGAGGUGAUGUCGCUGAGUAACGAAGAUGAGAAUAAGACGUUCGGGGUGACGUUUCGAACGCCUCCGUCCAACUCCACGGGGAUUCCGCACAUCUUGGAGCACUCCGUUUUGUGCGGAUCGCGCAAGUAUCCGAUAAAGGAACCGUUCGUGGAAUUGAUCAAGGGGUCGCUGAACACGUUUCUCAACGCGAUGACGUGGCCGGACAAGACGGCGUACCCGGUGGCUUCUUGCAACUUACAAGAUUUCCGCAACCUCACCGACGUCUACCUCGAUGCGGUGUUCCACCCGCGAUGCAUCACGAACGAGAAGACGUUCGAACAAGAGGGCUGGCACUACGAGCUCGACGACGCGAACGCUCCCAUGACGUUCAAGGGUGUCGUCUUCAACGAGAUGAAGGGCGUGUACUCCUCCCCGGACUCCGUGCUCGCGCGCGAGUGCCAACAGGCGCUGUUUCCGGAUAACACCUACGGCGUAGACUCUGGUGGAGACCCCACGGUCAUUCCGGAGCUCACGUUUGAAGAGUUUAAGGAUUUCCACGCCAAGUAUUACCAUCCGAGCAACGCGCGCAUGUGGUUCUAUGGCGACGACGACGUGGAGGAGCGCCUGAAGAUUUUGGCUUCGUUCCUCGACGAAUUCGAUCGUCGCGAGGUCGACAGCUCGAUCGGCACGCAAAAGUUCUUUUCCGCGCCCAAGCGCGUGGUGAAGACGUACACCACGGGUGAGGGCGAGGACGCACAAAAGUCCUUCGUCCAGGUCAACUGGCUCUUGAGCGAGGAACCGUUCGACCCGGAGACCGGUCUCGCUGUCGGUUUCCUCGAUCAUCUCCUCAUGGGCUCGGCCUCCGCGCCUCUUCGUCUGGCGCUUGAAGAGUCUGGACUUGGCGAGGCCAUCGUCGGGUACGGAUUGGAAGAUGAGCUUCGUCAACCGACGUACGCGUUGGGUUUGCGAGGCGUCGCCCAAGAGGACAUCCCAAAGGUCGAAAAGCUGAUUCACGAUACGAUCGCCGAGAUCGCGAACGAGGGUUUCUCGCAGUCGGCGAUCGACGCGGCGAUCAACAGCAUCGAGUUCAGCCUGCGCGAGAACAACACCGGCCGAUUCCCUCGCGGAUUGUCGCUCAUGUUCCGCUCCAUGAGCACGUGGCUGUACGAGGGUGAUCCCUUUGAACCGCUUCGCUUCGAAGAACCCCUCGCUAAGCUCAAGGCGCGAAUCGCGUCUGAGGACGUCUUCCGCCCGCUCAUGCGCAAGAUGCUCAUCGAGAACACGCACCAAGUCACAGUCGAGCUCAACCCAGACUCGACGCUCGCCGAAAAGGAAGCCGCUGAAGAACAAGCAAAGUUGGACGCCAAGCGUGCGAGCAUGUCGCCGGAAGACAUUGAGGCCAUGGUCCAAGCGACGAAGGAAUUGAAAGAGCUUCAAGAGACUCCUGACUCUCCGGAGGCGCUCGCGUGCGUGCCGACGCUCGCGUUGAGCGACAUCCCAAAGGAAGCCAAGGGAAUCCCCACGGAUAUCUCCUCCGUCGGUGCCACGAAGGUGUUGACGCACGAUUUAUUCACAAACGACAUCUUGUACGCGGAGCACCUCCUUGAUAUGAAGACGGUGCCGGUGCACCUCUUGCCACUCCUUCCGCUGUGGACGCGCGCGCUCGGUCGCAUGGGUACCGCCACCAAGUCGUUUGUUGAGUUCGAUCAGCUCAUCAGCGCGCAGACCGGUGGGAUCUCGGUUACACCGUUUACCUCUGGUAUGCGCGGUUCGGACGAGAUGCAAGCGUUCAUGGUCGUUCGCGGCAAGGCGACGAGCGACAAAGUGGGUGUCCUUCACGAGCUCAUGACGGAGCUCAUGCUCGAGGCAAAGUUCGACGACAAGAACAUCUUCAAGCAGCUCGUCCUCGAAACGCGCGCGGCGAUGGAGUCUCGCGUGCAAGGUUCGGGUCACGGCGUCGCCGCGGGUCGCCUCGACGCGCAAGACUCCGUCGCAGGCUGGGUGAGCGAACAGAUGAACGGCUUGGCGCAACUCGAUUACCUUCGAGAGCUCACCAAGCGCGUCGAUAGCGAUUGGGCGGGCGUCUUGGCGGAUCUGCAAACCAUAUCCGCUUGCCUGAACAACCGCGCCGGUAGUAUCACCAACCUCACAGCCGACGCCAAGACUCUGGACUUGGCGAUGCCGUCAGUGGAGGCCUUCCUGAACUCACUCCCGGCGAAGGGCGCCGGAUCGCCGCAGCAGUGGAACACCAUCAACCCGAAGCAGAAUGAAAUUCUCACCGUGCCGACUCAAGUAAACUACGUCGGCAAGGGUGCGAACUUAUACAAGGCUGGCUACGAGCUCCACGGUAGCUCGUACGUGAUCAACAAGUUGCUCGGGACGACGUGGUUGUGGGAUCGCGUGCGCGUCUCCGGCGGCGCGUACGGCGGCUUCAGCGAUUUCGACUCGCACAGCGGUAUGUUCACCUACCUUUCGUACAGAGAUCCGAACUUGUUGAAGACGUUAGACAACUACGACGCCACCGUCGACUUCCUGCGGAAGCUUGAGAUUGGCAAGGAGGAGCUCACGAAGAGCAUCAUCGGUACCAUCGGCGACGUUGACUCGUACCAGCUUCCGGACUCCAAGGGUUACACGGCUUUGAUGCGACACCUUCUUAACGUAACGGACGAGGAGCGACAAGAGCGUAGAGAUCAAAUCUUGGGCACGACGCAGAAAGACUUCCGCGAUUUUGCCGACGCGCUCGAGGCCGUUCGUGGUCCGAACGCGACCUCUGUCACCGUCGCCUCGCCCGAAGCCGCCAAGGCUGCGGUCGCCGAGCGCCCCGAGUUGAACUUUGUCGUCAAAAACGUCAUGUAG